AUGGCCCCUCAACUGACAGAAGAUGAGAUCGACGACCUUAUUUACUUUGCUCGCACUGGCGAAGAUGUCGACCUUAUGGAAAGCGUGACCGCGCUAGCAGAGCGUGAAAAGGUUGCGCCCGCCGUCAUUCUCAUGGCGACCAAGGACGAGGGCAAAUCUACCGUGCUUCACAUGGCAACUGGCAACGGUCAUUUAGAAACCGUACGCAAGGUCAUUCAAUGUUUCGAGGGUAGAUCAAAAGAGGAGAAGCAGGCUUUUCUGGAUGAGCCCAAUGAGCAUGGAAACACUGGCAUGCACUGGGCGGCUCUCGGAGGCCACCUGGAUGUGGUGAAGCUUCUCAUGGAGCACGGUGCUUCACCUGCUCUUGCCAACGAGCGCGAUUACGUACCGCUGGACUUGGCCAACCAAAAUGAAAAGACUGAGGUUUCGGAAUACUUUCUGUCUUUUCUUAAGAAGCUCGAGAGCGAGAACACUGACGAGGGUCUGAAUAACGCUGCGGCCUCUAUCGAGGUGGAAGAGACUGUAGAGGAUGGCAACCUCGAGACCAGCUCAUAA